CUCACAACUUGGUGCGUCGGUGUCCGCCAUAUUGUCGAAGGUAUGGUUAUAACCAAAAACAAGUCUCUGCGAACCAUUUCUGCUAGAUAUUAUCAUACAAGGAGAGGAAAUCAGGAUGAUAUUUGAAUAUGACUAGCGACUUAAUGUGGAUACAACUAUGACUAGAGUAAACUACAUGUGCUAGGAAUAUAGAGUUGCUUGAAAUACUUGGUUGGGUGCGUCCUGCAUGAAAUGAUGGACUAUAGCAACGAUGAUUACCCGUACAACAAUGAGAAGAAACGCGUGAGUGUUGGCCUAGGGGUGCCUCCCGGUGAUGACAUGGCUGGAGUGGAAAAGGCGUCACCAAGGGGUGCAAUGAACACCCCCUUUCAAGAUGUCGAGCCUCCGAAGCGGGUGACCUAUGGGAGCAUCAUCACCGACUUCGCGGACUCGACCACCGCCCAUGGCUUACCGCGCGUCAUCAGCGAGUCCAAGUGGUACUGGAAGAUCUUCUGGCUACUGGUCUUUUCCGGUGCUACCUAUAUCUUCUGCAGACAGGCCUGGGAUAUCCUCCAGGACUACCGAGGCAACCCCGUCAACACCAACAUCAGGAUCCAGACCAGGACCUAUGUUAGAUUUCCAGCUGUCACGGUCUGUAACAUGAACCGGAUGCGCAGGUCCAAGCUUGUCGGGACUAGGUUUGAAGGGCUGGUAGAAAUCGACGGAGGCUUCCAGGACGACGGAGACAACGCCUACUCAUGGUGGUUCGAUUUCUCUUCCGACUUCUGGAAUACUUGGUACUCGUCCGGCUAUACCUGGGGAGGAUACGGAUCCAGUUACAGCUCCAGCUUUGGCCCUGGGCGGAAGAAGCGGGCCCUGCCCUACGAUAACCUCUUCGAGGACUUCGAGAUGGUCCCCGACAUGGCUGAGGAGGACUUCGACAUCGAACCGAACCUCGAGUUCAAGGGCGCACGGCAGCUCAUCCACGGGAAACGCGUGGCACGUGCAGGAGGGUCCUCGAGUUGGUGGACCACAAGCAGCAGUUGGGGAGGCGGAUGGAGUUCUUCCUAUACAUGGGGGACAAGCUCCUCCUGGGGAUGGGGUGGUGGUGGCUACUACUCCAGCUCCUACUGGAAUUACUGGUUCGACGACUGGGACAGUUGGGGCAGCGAACUGUUCGGCAGUUUCCAGUUCGAGUUUGAUGAUUACUACGAUUGGGCCGAUUUGGUGCAGGGUGAGAGUGAUUGGCAGGGGUUCUAUGAUAACUCCAGAAGUGAGGAUUUCAGUGACAUCAUUGAUGUAGCCAACCCGACCAAAGAAGAACUGGAGGAACUUGGUCAUCAGCCCGAGGAUUUCAUUCUCCAGUGUACUUUCGAUAAGAGGAAUUGUAAUUACACCGACUUCGAAAUGUUCCAAAACAGAGUGUACGGAAACUGUUUCACCUACAAUCACGGCAGAGACAAUACAACAAUAAUUGAGACCACCAAAUCGGGAUCUGCAUAUGGUCUUCACUUGACUCUUUUUAUCGAGCAGCCGGAGUAUGUUGGUAUCUUUUCCCAGGAAUCAGGGGUUCGGGUAGCCAUCCAUGACCCUGCCGUGUUCCCUCUACCAGAGGACGAUGGUAUCACUGCUCCUACAGGGAGGGCAACAUCCAUUGGUAUCCGCCAGAAUCUCCUCAGCAGACAAGGAGGAAAGUACGGUAACUGCACAGAGGAUGGAUCCGAGACUCCUUACCAACCCGCGAACGGCUACUCCUACUCCACCCUCGCGUGCAAGCGACAAUGUCUCUUGGAUGAGAUGUACGAAAGGUGUGGCUGCGUCAAUGACAUCGUCGAAGACGAUCUCAUCCAGUGCAGUUUCUUCAAUUCCACCCAACAGCGUUGUCGUCAACUGAUACAGUCUUUGAAUGAUGAGGGAAAGUUGGAUUGUUACUGUCCCAAUGCCUGCAUGGAAAUGAACUACCUUACCUCAACAUCUACGUCACUCUGGCCAUCUGAAAGAUACGAGGAACAUCUUUACACGAGGGUAGCCGAGAAGAACGAUAUUGCGGCACGUAUUCUCCAGAAUGUAGAAUCUACAAGGAAAAACCUAGCCCGUGUCCGAAUCUACUUUGAAGAGUUGAAUUUCCAGUCAAUAGAAGAGAUUCCCGCAUAUACGUUUGGAUCAUUCCUUGGUGCUGUCGGUGGUCUCCUUGGUCUGUACAUCGGUUUCUCUGUCGUCACCAUCUCCGAGCUCAUCCUCCUUCUCCUCUUCCUCAUCAAACAUACUUUCUGUGGGGCCUUCUGUAGCAAUAAAGUUCAACCCGUUAACACAUGAGCGUCGGAAUCUUUGACCUACCACACACGUGGUCUCACUGUCAUACUACUAUUAUGAUGAUAUAGCAUAUAUUUCAAAAUCAGAUUCGUAUCAUGUAUGGGAAGGGGGGGGGGGGUGAACGUGCAAAUCAAAUAAAAAUUUAUAGU